AUGUCUGUGUCUGCGCCCCGAUCCAACCAGCUGUGCCUGGUUCCUGACUGCACUAGUGACGCCUGUGAGCGUCAUGUGAUGAUCCACACCCUCCAGUGUAAGGGUUCGGGCUGCCCACUGGGCACCCCUUUCUUCGCCAACGGUGAGACCUUGGAAAAGCACCUCAUUGACGACCACAACAACGGUGACCACGACUACUGCCACUGGCCCGGUUGUGAUCCCAACGUCGAGAGAGCCACAAACAACAAUAUGGUAAGUUGUCUUAUUUGA